AUGGCCGCUGUGCGCCUCACCACGUCUCCCGGCGUCCGCGCCGCCGCGGCAUCCCCGCUGACCUCGCAGCUGUGGUCCAGCGCAUCCGCGAACGCCGCCCCCGUCCCGACUUUGGUUCCUGCCGCAACAGUCGCCGCAGCCGCGGCUGUAGCAGCGAAAACGACGACGACGACGACGACGAUGACGACCGCUUCGGCAUUGCCGCCCCCGCCGUUCGUUCUGACGCGCGACAGGUCGAAGCACCGCGAACCCCCGAACCGGUACUUCAACCCUUCGAACACGUUCCUCUCCAGCAACGGCGGGAGCCCGGGCAAGAAGCCCGGCGACGAGAACAAGGCCAACCUCGGCAAGACCCUCCGCAUCCUCCAAGACCACCUCCCAACGGUCCUGCAGUCCCCGCUCCCGCAGGAGAUCCUCGCCCCCAACAUCUCCCUCCACCUCUUCCCGACGACGCACCCGCACCUCCCGACCGUCUCGGGCCGCGUCGCCUACACCGCGGCCCUCUGGACCUCCCCGAUCGCCUGGAACCGCAUGCCGCUCGUCGGCAACGUGCGCCUGUCCAUCAUCUCGGAGCGCGUGACGAAGCAGCCCCUCCACUUUGCGCCGCUGCACCCCGGCGCGAUCCCCGAGCAGCUGGUCGUGCGGUGGUGCGCGUCCGGCAAGAAGAACGGGUCCGCGGGGCAUGCGGCCGCCGCCGCGGCGUCGGCGGCGUCGUCGACGACCGAGAGCGGCGUGAGGGCGGCCGAGGGCGGGGACAGGGCGUUCACGGGGCUGUUUGUGUUCCAGUUCGACGCGGAGGGGCGGAUACUGAGCCAUACCAUCGAGACGGUGCAGGAGGGCGGGGACUGGGAGAAGGGCGUCGGCGCCAAGGUCGUCGGGCUGACGGAUUGGUUGCUGGGCGGGAUGAGGAGGCAAGGAGAGAGCCCCAGCCCUGCGUUUGAGGGUCUAGGGAAGAAGGAAUAA